AUGGCGGGCUCGGCCGACCAGUUCCGCGGCCAGGCGCGGCUCCCGCGGUUCGCGGCGCCGCGGCGGUACGAUCUCCGGCUCCGCCCGGACCUCGUCGCCUGCACCUUCACCGGCGCCGCGUCCGUCGCCGUGGACGUCUCCGCGCCCACCCGCUUCCUCGUCCUCAACGCCGUCGACCUCGCCGUCGACCGCGCCUCCAUCCGCUUCCAGGGCUUGGCGCCGGCGGCGGUGUCGCUGUUCGAGGAGGACCAGAUCAUGGUGCUCGAGUUCGGCGGCGAGCUUCCGGUCGGCGAGGGCGUGCUCGGGAUGAACUUCGACGGCACGCUCAACGAUCAGAUGAGGGGCUUCUACAGGAGUAAAUAUGAGUACAAGGGCGAGACCAAGAACAUGGCAGUGACGCAGUUUGAGUCAGUGGACGCUCGACGAUGCUUCCCUUGCUGGGAUGAGCCUUCAUUCAAGGCAAAGUUCAAGUUAACACUUGAAGUGCCAACUGAGCUGGUAGCUUUGUCCAACAUGCCAAUAGCUAAUGAGACAAUUGCUGGUCCAAUCAAGACUGUUGAGUAUGAAGAAUCACCCCUUAUGUCAACUUAUUUAGUGGUCAUAGUUGUUGGUUUGUUUGAUUAUAUUGAAGGUGUAACAUCAGAAGGCAACAAAGUUCGUGUGUACACUCAAGUUGGUAAGAGUAAUCAAGGAAAGUUUGCCCUAGAUGUUGGAGUGAAGUCACUGAAUCUCUAUAAAGAAUUCUUUGAUACUCCUUAUCCACUCCCUAAGUUGGAUAUGGUUGCUAUCCCUGAUUUUACCAAUGGGGCCAUGGAGAACUAUGGAUUGGUCACUUACCGGGAAAUAUAUUUGCUUUUUGAUGAGAAGUCUUCAUCAGCAGCCACCAAACAGAACGUUGCAAUUACUGUCGCACAUGAAUUGGCUCAUCAAUGGUUCGGCAAUCUUGUGACCAUGGAAUGGUGGACUCACUUGUGGCUAAAUGAGGGCUUUGCUACAUGGAUGAGCUAUUUGGCAGUAGAUUCCUUUUUCCCUCAAUGGAAUAUCUGGACACAGUUUCUUGAUAGUACAACCUCUGCUCUCAAAUUGGAUUCACUAUCUGAAUCUCAUCCUAUUGAGGUUGAAAUACAUCAUGCCAGUGAGGUAGAUGCGAUUUUUGAUUCCAUAAGCUAUGACAAGGGUGCCUCUGUUAUUCGCAUGCUGCAAAGUUACCUUGGUGCAGAACGCUUUCAGACAGCAUUAGCAUCAUAUAUAAAAAAGUAUGCAUACUCAAAUGCUAAAACCGAGGACCUGUGGGUUGUUCUUGAAGAGGUAUCUGGUGAACCUGUCAAGGAUUUGAUGACUACAUGGACAAAGAAACAAGGGUAUCCUGUUGUUAGUGUGAAACUUAAAGGGCAUGAUGUGGAACUUGAACAGGACCAGUUUUUGUUAGAUGGAUCCUCGGAUUCUGGCAUGUGGAUUGUCCCGAUAACUUUAGGAUUCUAUUCACAUGAUAUUCAGAAAAGAUUCCUACUGAAACAAAAACUCGAUGAUAUAAAGGGCAUUAAUUCACAAUAUGAUGGUCGACGGAAUGGUGGAAACUUUUGGAUUAAGCUGAAUAUCGAUGAAACAGGAUUUUAUCGAGUUAAAUAUGAUGACGAACUUACAGCUGCACUUCGAAAUGCAUUGCAAAUGAAGAAGCUCUCUCUGAUGGACAUAAUUGGCGUUGUAGAAGAUGCACAUGCCCUUUCUAUCGCCUGCAAGCAAACACUGUCGUCGUUGCUGCAUCUGCUGUAUGCUUGCCGUGAGGAGGCUGAUUUCAGUGUUCUUUCGCACAUAAAUUCUGUAACUUCAAGUGUUGCUAAAAUAUCAGCUGAUGCUACUCCAGACCUGGCUGAUGACAUCAAACAACUUUUUAUCAAGCUUCUCCUCCCACCUGCUGAAAAAUUAGGCUGGGACCCUAAGGACAGUGAAAGCCACCUGGAUGCAAUGCUUCGACCCCUGCUGCUGGUUGCCCUAGUUCAGCUUGGGCAUGAUAAGACUAUAAAUGAGGGAGUUAGGCGUUUCCAGAUCUUCUUUGCUGAUCGCAAUACUUCCCUUCUUCCUCCGGAUACUAGAAAGGCUGCAUACCUCUCUGUGAUGCAUAAUGUUAGUAGCACAAACAGAUCUGGCUAUGAUGCUCUUCUUAAGAUCUACAGGGAAUCAACUGAAGUGGAGGAAAAGUUAACUGUAUUAGGCGUACUAUCUUCUUGCAAGGAUAAGGAUAUUGUUCUUGAAUCGUUGAAUUUUAUUUUCACGGAUGAGGUUCGCAAUCAGGAUGUAUAUCUUGUCCUUCGAGGUGUUAUAACUGAGACACGUGAAACUGCAUGGUCCUGGUUAAAGGAAAAUUGGGAUCGUCUCACAAAGAUAUUUCCAGUAAGCGCAGCACUGUCGGAUUACGUCAAAUCUAUCGUCCCAUUGUUCACCUCGAAAGAGAAGGAAGCAGAGAUCUCCCAGUUUUUCGCGAGCCGCACUACCCCUGGGUUCAAGAGGGCACUGGACCAGAGCCUGGAGAACGUGCGGAUCAACGCUAGGUGGAUCGAGGGCGUCAGGGGCGAAGCUGAGCUUGCUCAGACGGUUCAUGAUCUUCUCAACCGGCUCUGAUUUGAUUCCCCUCCGGAGCUUGAUGCGUCCUGGAUGAUGCCAAACUUUAGCCAAAAGCAUAUAUUAUUUGUUGUAACAGCUCGUUGCGAGAACUAUGUGUACUCACUUCGUCCUAGAAAAAAAUAAAAAAUAAAUUUCUAAGUUUGAAUCUGGACAAUCGUUGGCAUGAGUUUGAUUUCUCCCUGAUGCAAGGUUCUCUCUCCAUUUCUUUGAACAUGACACUAAGGUUCUCUCACCAUUCCUUCUUUAUCAAUAAAAUGGUGGCUAAGUUCUUCCUUAGUAUCCCGUGUGCUUCUUUCAACCUAGUAGCUCACUGUU